UCCCCCAGUUUGAGGACAGUUGGGUCCUGCUUGGGGAGGUCUCAGCAGCUUGACCUACUUUCAUACGAUGUUAUUAGUUUCCAGAAGCUGUGGAACGUAACAAUAAUUCUUCAUCAUCCUAAUUGGAUAGUUGUCUGUAACUGUCCCUGCUGACUAUGUCCCAGUAUUCCCACAACUAUCUACUAGUUCCUAUCCCUGAAUACCCUCUCCUGGACUGUGAUCCUAACAGGAAUAUCAAGAUCGUGGUUCUGGGAAGCAGUGGUGUUGGGAAAACAGCAUUGGUUGUAAGAUUCCUCACAAAGAGGUUUAUUGGAGACUACGAAGCAAACACUGGUGCAUUAUACUCAAGAAAGGUCACAAUCGAUGGGGAGCAAAUUUCCCUCCAAGUACAGGACACACCUUAUGUAUUAAUGGAGGAAGACACAGACACCAUUUCCUGCCAGGAGCAAAUCAACCGGUCCAUUUAUUGGGCAGAUGGGUUUGUAUUUGUUUUCUCAAUAACAGACUACAAUAGUUACCGCAUGAUCCGGCCCCUGUACCAGCAUUUAAAAAAAAUCCACCCAAACACUAAAAUUCCUCUUCUGCUGGUUGGAAACAAAGCUGAUCUCUUAAGGGCCCGACAGGUGUCAUCUGAUGAAGGGCUUCAGCUUGCCAAUGAACUGACUGGAACAUAUGCAGAAGUAUCAGCCCGAGAAAAUUACGAAGGUGUAUAUGGCGCUUUCUACCAACUAUGCCAGGAGGUUGGCAAAAUGAUCUUUAGCUGUAAUGGGGAAAAGCGGAGAGGACUUCAUCUUGUGCGCCCAAGGUCUCCCAACAUGCAAGACCUGAAAAGACGCUUUAAGCAGGUGUUAUCAUCAAAAGUGAAGUCUACAACCACUCUUUGACCUCUGCUGGGGUUGCAUGGAAGACUUGGAUAGUACUGCAAAAUGUGUUCAUCAACAUAAAUUAUAUCCAUUUA